CGGUUCCACAUUUUUCUCCUUACUUGUUGCGAAGACAGAAGUGUUAACACAAAGAAAUAGAGAGUGAAGAGAGAAGAGAGAAGAAACAAAAAAAAAAUGGAGAAGAGUGGAAGAAAGGUAAUGGAUGAGAUAAGAAGCUUUGAGAAGGCAAAUUUGUUCGAUCUUGGUCAUCCUCUUCUCAACCGCAUCGCCGACUCCUUCGUCAAGGCCGCCGGUGUCGGAGCAUUACAAGCUGUGUCUAGGGAAGCUUACUUUACGGUGGUUGAUGGUUUUGACUCGAGCAGCAUGGGUCCACCGUCUGAGAACACCGGCAGCAAGAAACGGUUCCCUAAUCUGAGAGGGGAAAACAGCAGCAAAUCUCUGGAGGCAUUGGUGAAAAAUACAGGAAAGGAAUCUCUCCAAUGGGGGCUAGCAGCUGGAUUAUACUCUGGUAUAACUUAUGGUAUGAAGGAGGCUCGUGGAGGAGCUCAUGAUUGGAGGAACAGCGCAGUGGCUGGAGCAUUGACAGGGGCGGCAAUGGCCAUGACAACCUCGGAGAGAACUAGCCAUGAGCAAGUGGUUCAGUCUGCUCUUACUGGAGCAGCCAUUUCCACCGCUGCUAAUCUCCUUUCCAGCGUUUUCUAGAUGAUUUUCAUUAGAAAGUUGUUAUAAUUUGUGUUAAGUUUUAACAUAAAUGUCUUCUUUAAAUUUCUCUACGUGCAUGUUAAGACUAGGCUUUGUCUGGAACUAUGAAACCAAAUUUCUCUACAUGCAUGCUUUGCUAAGACUAGUUCACAUCUUUUGGUCUAGAAGAAAAU